GUUCCUCUUCAUAACAGGGGCGUUCACCGUGGCUCUUAGUUCGGUCAGCUGCUAAUUCAAAUUGUCGAACUGGGCUUGGAUCGUGGCAUUCUGUUGUGCCAGGAUCGUUCGAAGCAACUCCACAACAUUGACCUGCUUUGCCAUGGCCGAAUCGUCGCCCAAAGCGGUCUCCUACUCCAGGACGGAUUUCGCCUCCACUGAUCGUCCUUCGUUGGAGAAUUCAAGAGUAGCUGCAUGCGUCUUCUUAUUCUGCUGUCCCAAUGGCCGAACAACAGCAGGGUCACAAGAUAUUGGACCCUUCGACCUGGUCCACCUUGUAGUGCCCGCGCCGCCUUCUGUCGACAAACUCGUCGUCCCAGCCACUGCGGAAAUCGUCAUACGCGCUGCUGAGUUGAACCGGGCUCGAGAUACCACUUGAUAAGCCCCAAACUACGAGGCUUACUGAUAGAAACUUGAAAACUUGUCGGUUUCUCAAGCUCGCUGUUAAAACCUGAAUUUGAAUGAAGAAAAAGAGUAACAGAGUAACAGGGGAAUGGGUGGAGUCGGAAAGUGAACCUUCAACACCAAAUAGGGGAAAAGGCUUGAUCCAAAUAGGAUAGAAACUCGUCCACGAUUGACGUGGUGGAUCAAUGGAUACUGAGCUCGCUCGUUGCUGGAAUUGAAUGCACUCAACAAGGACAAUGCAAGAGUACGACAAAUCUAUGAACAAGGUUCUCUUAUUAAACUUCAACGAAUCCCUUACAACGCAAUUGGAGAGUAUUUAUAUAGCUAGCUAGGUUAACAACGACUAAGCAACCUCCUAAUUCUACUAGAACUCAAAAAACAAUGCAUAAACAAAAAAGGAAUGAAAAUCAAAAUCAAACAAGGAUAGAAUUUUGUCUUAAGCUCCAAGUCACCAAACAGUCUCGAUACGAUCUUUGAAGCUCUGGUUCACAACCUUCUAGGUCUCCAAAUUCUUAGCCAAUGCCUUGCCUCUGUUUACAAUCAUACAUAGCUUCAUGUAAAACAACGCACGGUAACCCGUUUUAGUAUCGAAGCCGAAUACAGCGCCAUUGCCCAUGCCACUGUUGAAUUGGAAUGGCUAUAGAAUCUUCUCCAUGAACUCCAUGAUCGGGUCCCAUCUGCUCCUCGUCUGUACUCUGACAACCUUGGAGCCACAUACUUCAGCUCCAAUGCAUUCUUUCACUCUCGCAUGAAGCAUCUCACCUUGGACUAUCACUUCGUGCGACAGCUUGUUCAAGCAGUCUGUCUGCAGAUCUCCUACAUCCCAACGUCACAUCAAUUGGUCGACGCUCUCACCAAGCCGUUACUGACUUCUCGUUAUCUUCUCUUGCUCUCCAUGAGAGGCGUCGUUGAUAUUAAAGAACCUAACUUAAAGUUUUUUUAGUUUAUUUUAUUUUUUCAUUUUCCUGUUCCUAUUGUUGUCUUACGUGAGAGAGUGGGCAACUUUCUGUUGCUAGAAACUCUCCUCUCCUUUGUAUAUUAACGUUGGAUACCAAUCAAUGAGAAUCAAGUCAUCCGAAACCUCUCACAAAUUCAACAACGAUAACCCCAAGACUGGUAAGUGACUUUUACUACUUCUUGGAGACUAUGAUGAGAUGAGGACUAAGAUUUGUGUUUCGGCUUGUUUAGAGGGCAUCUAUAGAGAGCUAUGUGGAUGUUCAAAGUUGAUUAUAAAACAAGCCAUUGGUGGUAAUGCCAUCAUCCAACUUUGGGCAUGAGAGAAUCUUUUGAUUUUACACCGGAUUGUUCACAAGAAUAGGCACAUGACGAGCUACUACGAGGUUCCCCUUAUGGUACUAGAUAAGUUUUUUUUAUUACGUUUUAGUAUCUAAUUUUGAUAUGUUUCUUACAUGCGUACUUGAUUUACGAGGUGGAUUGAGUAAAACACAAAUGACCAUCGACACAAGCACUAUUUGUUGUAUUAUCGUGGUUUGUUUUACAAGACGUGGUGAAACCAUGUAACAUUAAUAAUUUAAUAUGUUAUUG